AUGCUCUUCAUCCUGCCGCUCGCACCGCUCUUCUCAGCAGCAGCGGGGCUCAACGCCCUCUUUGCCCAUGGGGCGAGGGGCGGAGCGGGGCUGGGGAGGGUGUAUGGGCUCUGGAACGUCACUUCCCUUGCCAACGGGGUGGGUGGUUGCUGUGACCCUGGGCGUGUUUCAUGUGUGGCAAACUUACAAGGGCACUCCUUCAGGUGCUCCUCCCAGCUCAAAGAGUCAGCAGCAUCAGGGAAAUUCACGUUGCUGCCAUUUCCAGAAGGCCUUCCCGUUCUUGCUCCCUGCCACCCCCCUUUACCACUCACUCGUCUUUCCCUCUCCACCCUUCAGGGAGUAGCAGCAACAGAGGAGUUCACGUGUUUUCUCUCCCACCCGGUCCAAACAGCAACAGAGGAGUUCACGUGGUUGCUAUUCCCAGCCAUGUUCGUGGCCUGCAAGCUUGCUCAAGCACGAGUCAUAGACCGCCACGUGGCAAAUCUGGAGAUUCAGGAUCGCACCCUGCUGGCUGAGGACCCGACUGUCUUCUGGGAGGCGUAA